AUGAGUGUCCGAGUUGUUGCGCGUAUUCGUCCCCUUCUCAAGUCCGAACGGGAGGCCGAUGUGAUCGUUCGAACAGGAUCUUCAGCUGUCACCGACUCCAAAUUACGUCAGUCUAUAAAUGGCGAGAAGAGUGACAAAAGCGACAAGAAAUUGGCGGCAUUGAGGGACAGGGAUAAUGUGGUUCGGAUUCCAAACCCCAAGAAUGAGGGAGAAGAGUAUGCGUUCCAGUUCAAUGGGGUAUACGAUGCGGAUGUGUCGCAGCAGGAGCUGUUUGAUGCUGAAGUGGCGCCAACGAUCAAGCAUCUUCUCAACGGAUUCGACGUGACUAUCUUCGCAUACGGCGUCACCGGAACAGGAAAGACACACACAAUGCGUGGGGGGAAAACCUUGGCAGACCGGGGUGUAAUUCCCCGGCUACUCAGUGGCAUCUACAGACGCAGCAGGAAGAUUGAGAAGGAUAGCGAUGAACAGACGACGGUUCAGGUUGCCCUGAGCUAUUAUGAAAUCUACAACGACAAGGUGUACGACUUGUUCGAGCCGCCCGAGAAGCGCACACUGUCAGGUCUUCCCCUCCGAGAUAAUGGCGGCAAAACUGUGGUUUGCGGCUUGAGUGAGAAGCCAUGUACUACUUUGAAGGAGUUUGAGCAGCUUUAUGACCAGGCCAACACUAACCGAUCUACCUCCGCGACAAAGCUCAACGCCCAUUCGUCUCGAUCUCACGCCGUUCUCGGCGUGAAGGUCACCAUCUCCUCUUCCGACAAGGUUCGCGUCAGCACUGCAUCUGCUAUUGAUCUUGCAGGAUCUGAAGACAACCGAAGGACGGAAAAUGACAAAGAGCGCAUGGUUGAAUCGGCUAGCAUUAACAAGAGUCUGUUUGUUCUGGCACAGUGUGUCGAAGCUAUCAACAAGAAGCAGCAUCGCAUCCCAUACCGCGAAUCUAAGAUGACAAGAAUUUUGUCCUUAGGGCAGAACAAUGGCUUGACAGUGAUGAUUCUUAACCUCGCGUCUGUUCGCUCCUACCAUCUUGACACAAUCAGCUCCCUGAACGUUGCCAAUCGCACACGGAAGAUCGAGGUCCGCGAAGUAGAAAACGAUCCCAUGUUCAAGGGUCCGGCCCGACCAUCGACCCGGUCAUCUAUAGGCACGCGGCAACCUUUGCGUGCACUAACUGCUUCUGUGAACGUAAAUAUGCCGGCGUCCGCUGCAAAGGACUCCGCAGAAAAGGAAGACGGCAAGCCCGUGAAGGCAUUCAGCGUGUAUUCGGACAAGCCGCAACCGAAGCUUAUUAGCCAGCUUCGGAAACCCGAAGCACCGAAACGCACCUCGACCUCCAACGCCCCCUCCGGUCUUCCGUCACUGAAGCUCGCUCGUCAGCCUCUCGGUGCGCAACCCACCGUGCGCCAUGAUGACAUCUCGGCUGCUAGGAUUGAGGAGAUGGUUGAGAGGAAGGUCGAGGAGAUCCUAGCAGUGCGGGCCGUGAGCGAACAGUCGAGACAGACGCAAGCCGAUGAGCUUAAUGAGCAGCUAAAAAAGCGACUGGAGCAACUGGAACAGCGCAUUGAUGGCACAGAAGAUGCGCGGGCCGAGGGCCUGUCGUACCUGCUGAUGGCUAAACAACACCAGGCACGUGGUGAAGACAGCUCAGCCUUGAGAAUGUAUCAACUGGCAGCUCCUCACUUCCCUCAUAAUGAGAAGCUGGCAGGCAAGAUUGCUGCUCUGAAACAGCGCGUUCUUGCAAAGACUUGGGAAGAGAAAGUCCAUUGCCCACUCAAGAGCACGGGUAGCAUGCUCUCCCUCAAGAAGGACGCAACAAAAACCCUUGGCAAACGCGAAGCAGAAAGCCACGAGGAUGAAUACAUGGACCAGCAUCAAGCCGGCUUUUCAAGCGACGAGGAUGUUCCUCGCCCAAGACACAAGAAGCGUGCUUCAGCCAAGCUCAGUCAGAUCGAGGAAACCCCCGAACUCCUUGAUAGUGAGAACCCGUCCAUCUCUCCCCGAACUUUGCACGUCCUUUCCAUCAUCAACUCGCGGGAUGUGAGCCAGAUCAAAUUGCUCAAAGGAGUGGGCGCCAAGAAAGCAGAGGCUCUUGUUGAUUGCCUUUGCGAGAUGGACCAGACAUUAUUGGAUAUAACCGACAGUGGAAGCGUCUCCGACCAGUCCCAAUUCCAGGUUAACAGCCUGGCGCAACUGAGCCAGCUGAAAGGUGUUGGGGUCAAGACGGUCGAGAACAUGAGACAAGGGGUAUUGGCGUGA